CCUUCCGCGCCUCGGCGCCUUUCUGUUCCUUAGCUUCCCCUCUGAGCGUCUUGCGGGAGGGAGUCGAGGGGUGCUGGGGGUGGUGGCGUGCAGAGCGUUUGCGUCGGGUUUCUCGCGGGCCGUGGGAGUUUCGGGCUCACCCGCAGGGUGUGAGCGGGGACAUCACUGUCCUCGUGGGUGUGUACGCCCCCGGGUCGGAGGAGUUCCUGUCUGGCUGGUGUAGACGCUCCUCCGCGCUGCUACCGGUAUGGGACAUGAGACUGAAAAUAAUAGCUCAGAAUGCUCCUGAAGAAGAAAGUGUUUCCUUUGAGGUAGAAAUGGAAGGAUUUACAAGAGAGGGUUCCUGCUUCCCCAUUUUAGGUGAUAAUUGGGACUGUGAGAACCAUGAAAGAAAUUUGAGGCAAUCUCCUUUCAUUGAUGAGAAAACAGGGGAUCAGGAAGCAAAUUGUGACCAUCUUAAUUUGGGGGAACAUUUGAGUACAAACCCAGCCCUUCUACCAUCUCAGAGAGUUCCUACGACAAAUGGCUUCCAUGUUCAUAACUCAGAUAUUAAAACUUUUGAUUGUGACCAAACCUUACAUAGUUGUCCCCAAAGUUAUACAGUUAAGGGAACUGGUGAUGGUGAUGCUUGUGAAAAAGCCACCCAGCCUUCUAUGGAAGUCACUCAACUUGUAAGAAACCAAAUGAGAGACAAACCCUAUAAAUACGCAGAAAGUGUUAAAUCUUUAAACCACUUUACCACUGCCCUUUGUGAUAAAAAAAUUAAGAAAAGAAGCAAGAAAUUUUACAAAGGUAAGGAUUUUGGGGACAUCUUAGCCCUGAGCUCAUCUCUUAAUGAAAAAAGAAGUCAUUCUACUGAGAAGCCCUAUAAAUGUGCUGAAUGUGGCAAGUGCUUCAAACGGAACUCUUCUCUUGUUUUACACCAUCGAACUCACACUGGUGAGAAACCUUAUACCUGUAAUGAUUGUGGAAAAUCAUUCUCCAAGAACUACAACUUGAUUGUACAUCGAAGGAUUCAUACAGGAGAGAAACCCUAUAAAUGCAGUAAGUGUGGGAAAGCUUUCAGUGAUGGAUCAGCACUGACGCAACACCAGAGGAUUCACACAGGUGAGAAGCCUUAUGCGUGUCUAGAUUGUGGAAAAACUUUCAACAGAAAUUCAUCCCUGAUUUUGCAUCAAAGAACUCACACAGGGGAAAAACCUUAUAGAUGUAAUGAAUGUGGGAAGCCCUUCACUGACAUCUCUCACCUUACUGUGCAUCUCAGAAUCCACACAGGUGAGAAGCCCUAUGAGUGUAGCAGAUGUGGAAAGGCUUUCCGAGAUGGCUCAUACCUCACUCAGCAUGAGAGGACACACACUGGAGAGAAGCCUUUUGAAUGUGCAGAGUGUGGGAAAUCCUUCAGUCGCAACUCUCACCUCAUUGUGCAUCAGAAAAUCCAUUCUGGGGAGAAACCCUAUGAAUGUAAAGAGUGUGGGAAAACUUUCAUAGAGAGUGCAUAUCUCAUCAGGCAUCAGAGGAUUCACACUGGGGAGAAGCCUUAUGGUUGUAACCAGUGUCGUAAACUCUUCAGGAACAUUGCUGGACUUAUCCGGCACCAGAGAAUUCAUACUGGUGAAAGGCCUUAUGAGUGUAACCAAUGUGGUAAAGCUUUUAGGGAUAGCUCCUGUCUGACCAAGCAUCAGAGGAUUCACACUAAGGAGACUCCGUACCAGUGUCUGAAGUGUGGAAAGUCCUUCAGGCAGAACACUCACCUGGUAGUACAUCAGAGACUUCAUAACAGAGAGGGUCCCAGCCAGUGUCCUCACUGUGGGAAAAUAUUUAGAAGGAGCUGGUGUCUUGCCCGACAUCAGAGAACACACCUUGAAGAGCAGCCCACAGAAAAAUAAUGGACGUGGGCCAUACUCUUCUUGAGUGAACAAAGGAUUGUCUUCAGAUGUGACUUCCCUUGGUAACAGAAAGGAAUUCUUUAUAAAAAUAAUUAAAUAUGAGAUAUUCUGUAAUUGCAUUAAUACUGUUAUUAGGGAAUUCCUGAAGAGAGGAUUGAAUGGUAAUCAAUAUAGUAAAGGCUUCAGGGAUGAUUCAGCCUAUACCAAACAUGUAGUGCAUACACUGAAAUAACGAACCUGUCAGUGCGGAAGGCAUUUUCCUAGAGAUACCCAUUUAUUUUUACAUCAGGAUACUGAAACUGGGAAGAACCUGUGAAUUCAUUCAGUAGGUAACCAGUAGGAGACAUUUUUAAUAGUAUCACCUUAUUGUAUACAAGCAAAUGCUUAUUAGAAUCAAAGUUUGUAAAUGUUAUUUGGAAGCGACACUUUUGUCAGUUUUUACUGUCCUGUUUUCCCAAAGGCGUAGUAGUUGGAUGUCUUACACAGUGCUCUACAAACCACCACAGGAUGUAGCUGGGUUUGCUGUUUGAAUGCACUUCUGUUUUAUGGUCCUGCCAGAACACAGAUGACUCAUUUAAUGAGGUGAAACUGGAUAUAGGAGUUGCUUGUGAUUGAAAUGAAGUUGUCCCUUUUAAGACCAAAACACUCUCCAUGGUGCAAAGGGCUGCUUCUAAGAAAUAGGAUCCAUGGCUUUAGGUGUUGAACAAGAAAAUAUUGAAUUGUAUUUGUUAUCACCUGCCUUCACUAUUGUUGAUCAUUUCGUAUACUAACUUGUGUAGCAUUCAGGUCCUUUGAAGCAAAAUCCAAAGGUUUCAUUGCCCUCAUAAAAAUAUUUAGAUCAUUGCAAAAGAAGGCAUAAAAGUAGAUUUAUUGUUAUUAUAAUCAUGUAAGCAUGUUCAUACUUGCUUGUAGGUUAGCAGUGGAUGAUGGAAUUAAGUGGUUUCUUAGGAGACUACAAUUGUGUUCUUUUUCCUUUUAAUUUAUACAUUUUUAUAUAAUAAUUUGGUAGUGUAUAUAAAAGUGAAGCUAAAAGGAAAACAAAUUUGGAGUUUCUUGGAUCUUUGCCAGUCGCCAAAAGAUACUGUCAGCUAUCAUGCAAAGGCUAGAUCAUGGCUACAGGAAGCCAUAAGCAUCUUCAGGUAUUUAGUGACAGGUGCUUCUUUGGAAUCAGAGCUUCUCGAAGCCUAUAACCAUUUCUUUUGGGAUUUUGGAUAUAGAGAUUAUGGCAUUGUGGAGGGAGAGGUGUAAGAAUCUAUGGAUAGGGAAGAUAAGGUUACAGAAAAAUCUGGAAUAAUCUUAGCAUGUCCUUUUUCAGUGCAGUAUUAGCUGACUGAAAGCUAGACAGUUUGGUUGAGAGCUUCAAAGGCCUCUGAUUCUUCCUGGAAAUUUUGACUUGACCCUGUCUUCUAUCUUUUGGUUCCUGUGGGGAAAGAGUCAUAAGUUUAUUUUGAGAUAAUUAAGGCUGUUGAGUAGAUUCAUAAGGAAGUUAGACAUCUUAGUCUUCUGUAUGCAUGCCCUUGACAGCAAGAUGGUUAUCAUAUGAUGGGGAUGGACAGAUAGUGGUAGAGAGUGCAUGUUAUUCUUCCAGAGAACCUGGGUUCAGUUCCUAGCACCUGUAUGAUGGGAAGAUACUGGUACCUAAUGAGUAGAGGCCAAAGAUAUUGUCAGACAUCCUACAAAAAUAGCCCUUGGAACAGUUAUUAUCUCAGAAUAUUAAGUGUAUGUGAUUGGGAUACACAUACACACACCCCUACACAUAAUCAUUUGUAACUUACAGAUCAUCUCUAUAAUGUUAUGUGUAUGACUAAGGCAUUAGGAAACACCUAGUGGACUGUCUAUAUCACGCAAGGGUGCAACACUUUGGUGUCUGUCACUCUCAAGUAAAACAUACAUGUACCAUUAGUGUUAGUAGUGUCCCUGCUUCUUGAUACUACAUUUCAGGUUCUGGAACAGAACAAUCAUCACUAGGCCAGCUAUAGCCUGAGGAAAGCCCCUCAAGGAAGAGAUGCCAACUCUGAAAUUGUAGUGAGACCACAUGGGAUUUGUGCUGAGUGUGAAUUGUUUCCCCUUGCGCUUUUCUAAAAUUAGUUUUCUCAGAUGAGCAGGGAAAACUGCUGUGGUGGAAAUAACUACUGAAUAGAAGAUGGACACUUUUGACUAAAGAGGGAAAGGUGAGAUUUGAGUUGGGAGAGUUCCGGAUGACUCCAGUGCAACCUAGUCAAUUUUCAGUGGUAGGCCCGACUGGGGAGUAGACAGGAGAGUGUACUGGGAUAUCAGGAUGAGUACCAUUUAAUCACACAGCCCUGAAAUAGGUAGAGAAAACUUGGGCUAGAAUCAGAUGGAGAAAGUGAAGGUAGAGUAUUUCAAAGAAUGAACAUUUAUUUUAUUUUUCCUGACUUUGAGGAGCACUUAACUUACUGUUCCUGGCUUUGAGGCUGGAGAAUCCACAUAUGAGUGGCUUCUGAAAGCCAGAGAAGCAAGAAAAUGGAUUCUUUCCCAGAGUCUCCCCAAAAGGAACUGUUCCUGUUCUUACUAGUCUAUUGAGAUUGAGUGGAUUCAGGUCCUAAACUGCAACAACUGAUGUGUGGUUACCACAUUUUUUUUGUGGUAAUUUGUUAUAUUAUCUAUAGGUGAUACAUUUCCUCAAGUUCUUUUUAGACUCCUGACUGAAGUGUGUUCUCUUACCAAGCAAGUUAAAUAAACCAACCCUUUCCAAAACUCCAUAGCUAUAAAAAAUUUUUUUAAGGAAAAAAAAAGACUCAUCUUUGCUCUGUUGGCCUCUGUGAGUUCACCAUUUUAACAGCCCUGAAUUCUAUUACUAGUUUAGAGAUUUAAAUACUAUGAAUGUUCAUGGGCAUGGUGGUGUACACCUUUAAUGCCAGAACUCAGGAGGCAGAAGCAGGUGGAUCUCUUUGAGUUUGAGGCCAGCCUGGUCUACAAAGUGAAUUCCGGGGCAGCUAGGGGUUAUAUAGUGAGACUCUGACCCAAACAAUAAGAAAUAAUAGUAAAAUAAGUUCUGUGAGUAGCCAUUUGUGAAAAGAAAUCUCAGAAGACAUAGAGUAACUUUCUUGUAACUUUAAUCCCAUCCCUGUCCACUUGGUUGGCAAAGAAGGCAUAUUUCAGCAUCAUAAAGCAUGUCCAGAGCCCAAGAAUGUGGCAGUGCCAGAGCAGGGUUUCACAUCCGACAUGGGGAUUGGGAACAUUUAUAAUUAUGGUCAAUGUCUUAACUAGUUACCGUUAACCCACAUCCUUUUGAUUUUCAGGUUAUCAGUGCUCAAGUAUGCCUGCCUGCAGACUGUUCUCCAACUUCAUGUCUUUCUUAGUUCAGCAACUGUAUAGGGUACUUGUAGUAAGAGUUGGCACUGUAGCAGAAAGGAGAACAAGGUGUUUACAAUCUAGCAGGGGAGAAAAAGAAGUGCACAGCAUGUAUCAGAUGGUGGUUGAUGCCUGAGAGAAAAGUAACGCUGAGAAGGGGGAUGGGGUAUCUAUGUUGGAUACAUGUAAUUAGAGUUUUAGAAAGCUUGAUCAUUCAUUUCCCUUCCCAACGUGUGACAUGCGAAGGGUGUGAUGUCUUGUGACAAGAGGUUAGGAUUUAGGGAGGAGAUACCUUCCACCAUGUGAGUUACAGGGAGGAGCAAUUAAGUCAUAGAUGGAACUUUUUCAUGAGCAGCAGUUAAAGAAAUGGCUUCAUUGCAGAGGCUGGUGUGGAGAACAAAAUUGCAUAAGGGUAAGCCCAUUUACAGUGAAACAUCUAUGAUUCUGAAGAUAAAUGGUUUCAGAAUAUGAACAGUGAAGUCCUAGCAGAAGGAAAUAACAAGUACAUAAGUAUAGGCUUGUAUCUAUGCUUAGUAACCAAAGGUAUUCAGCAGUAAUGGUCAUUUCUGAUAAAAUAAGCUAGUGUUCAAGUUUUAGAAAUCAAAGGGACUAUUCAGUGGUCCAUGAUAUUCUCACCAGGUGUUCAGUCUCUUCUAUUCUGUAAUUUCAGGACAUUUUUCAUUAUCCAUAGAAAAGCCCUUUGUACCUAUUAGCAUCCUCCCAUUCCUCUGACCCUGACAAUCACAAUCACCAGUCUCUUUUCACUGUGUAUUUGCCCUUUUUUUUUUUUUUUACAAUGCACAUCAAUGGAAAAAUGAGACAUGUGGCCCUUUGUAACCUCAUUUCAUUUAGCAUAAUGUUUUAAAGGUUCAUGUUGUAUGUUCAAGGUCCUUUUUGUGGCCGAAAAAAUUUUGCCAUAUGAUUAAAACCAUAUCUUGCUUAUUGUUUAAUGGACAUUUCAUUUCAGCUUCCACUUUUUUUUUUUUUUUUUUUUUUUUUUUUUUUUUUUUUUGGCUACUAAGAAUAAUGCUGUCCUGAAAACAUACAAACUCAUGUGCCAAUAAAUUUUCAGUACUUGUGGGUAGGUACUUAGGAGUGGAAUUGCUGGAUCUUUGUUUGCUUUUUGAGGAACUGAUGUGCAUUUUACAUUUGACUGAUGUAUGACUACUUUGACUUCUUCAUGUCCUUAUCAAUAUUUAUUUAUUUUUUUGCCCUAGUGGUGUGAAGUGUUAUUUUGUUGUUUUGGGAAAAUAAUUUAUAUAGUUGAAAAUUUAUACCUUAUCCCACAGGUCAGCAUUUUUUUUUUCUGCAAGGAAAAAAUCGUAUUUUAAACUGUGUACAAUAUCAUUUCUGCUGCAACUACUCAGCCAAGGAUGACUGUAAUGUGGAAGUAGCUAUAGAUAUUUGUAAGCAAAUGUGUGUGGAUAUGUCUAAUAAAAUUUUACAUGUG